AUGACGAUGGACGCUCUGCAACUAGCGAACACUGCCUUUGCAGUUGAUAUGUUCAAAAAACUAUGCGAGAAGGACAAAACAGCCAAUAUUAUUUUUGCCCCAUUGUGUACCUCAACGUCUCUGGCUCUGGCAUAUAAAGCUACGAAAGGUGAUACCGCAGACCAGAUGAAACAGGUACUCCAUUUACAAGAUGUCAAAGAUGUUUCUUUUGGGUUUCAAACAGUAACUUCAGACGUUUCCAAACUCAGCUCUUUCUUUGCACUGAAAAUGGUCAAACGGCUCUUUGUAGACAAGUCUCUCAAUCCUACCACAGACUUUGUCAACUCCACAAAGAGGCCUUUUCCAUCUGAACUGGAAUUGGUGGAGUUCAAAGAAAAAACUGAGGAAACCCGACAGAAGAUCAACAAAUCUCUUUCAGAGUUAACUGAUG